AUGCCUAUUCCAACGCGCUCGGCUUCGCUGCGCGAGCCCCGUAAACAAACUUCAAAUAUCGCACGACCUGCUACGAACAUAUCUCCCACGACCGGCCCGAAAGAACCUGCUCGCGUGAGCAAUGACAAGAAUCGCUCUUCAAACCCCUCGCCGGCCGAGGGUGCCUUGAAAGACAAUGGCCCGACCGCUCGAGGAAGAAUCCCACUCCCGCAGCGCAGCACUACUCAAGAUAAUGCCCGUGUAACCAGUCAAGUACGAUUUCAGCCACCCGGUAGCAAGCCGAGCACACGCGAUUCCUCACCGACACGGCAACGAGACAUCUCCCCGGGAAAGAAACAAGCGCAAUCAAACUCGACGGCAACUAAGACCGUGGUGCCGCCUACCAGGCGGCAAAGCAUCGUGCGACCAAGUCCGCUGAAAAUGGCUGUGACUAAAACUACGGUCCCUGCAUCGAAGAGCUCUACGCCCUCAUUUGCACCUCCCUCGCCUCGCAAGCUGCCAGGUCAGCGGUCGCCUGUACAGCCUCCUGUUACCAGGAGACCUCCCUCACCUAAGAAAUCAGAGAUGCUACCCCCGCCACGUCCGACGAGGUCCGCUUCCCUGAGACAGCCUGUCAGCGCAGGCAAGAUUCCACCAGUGGCGGCCAGAGGUCAUACACGGCACCGGAGCCAAAUGACGCAAAUUACCAAGGCAGUUGAUGCAACACCGGCAACACAACGGUCUCGCGCAAUCUCGGCCUACCAGCGACCGGGGUCCCCCAAGAAAUUCUCCAAACCUCCAACGCCAACCCCCGGAGCUGCUCCACAGCCAGAUAACCUGCUGAUACCCUCGUCAUGGCCGGAUAUCGCAGCGCUGCAAACAGAACUACUCCAACUGAGUUUAUUCCAUUCGAACUCCCUACAGCAACAAGCCGAAUGGAAAUCCGACUCAGAAUCCCGUCUACGCAAAAAAUACGACGGUGUCGCCGCCCAAUAUCAGUCCAUCCUGGCCGACGAAACCCAACGACAGUGCCAACUGAACAUUCACGCACUGGGCCUCUGGCUCUCCAAUUGCCGCGAACACCGCGGCCACCACGACUUCCCCGAACAAAUCCAAAUCUUGUCUCAAAUCCUGCAAGAAAUAACCGACACAACCGCCAGAGGAGGGAAAUACACCUACGCUCUAGCGACUUUUGAGUCCUGGCUCGGCCAAUCAGAGUUCAUUCGCCAAAACCGCGGAUCGGGAUGUCUUGAUAUCGCAUUUGUUGACCCUCUGCCUCCGAGCUGGAAGGAACUAGUCCAUGCUUUGAGUAUCAAGCUCGAACACUGCUCGCGCCAGCUUCUGGCGCUUGAUAUCCUUGGUUUCGGGCAGGUGGAGCGCUUGGAGCAGUCGGCGCUUGCGAGGGUUGCAAGGAAUCUGGCGGACUUGAUACAAAUGAUGGUGCAGGAGAUACGCGCUAUGCGAGUGCUGGAGGCGCAGGUUGUACGAUCCGAAAGGGAUUCUGUUGGUUUGCUUGCUAGUCGGAUCACGGCUUCUGUAGAGGAGUCGAGAGCUCCACGGGUUGGGGCUUGGAGGAGCUAG